GGAGGGGCCGCGGCGGCAGUGCCUGGCUAAUGCUCACUACGACCACACACGCGCACACACACACGGGGCGGCUCGUGUGACUCCUAACUCAGUGUGGCAAGAGCUGUGUGCGGCGGCGGCAGUGUUAGUGGUGGUGGCGGUGUGUUGACCAAUACGGUGGUGUGGUGAAGCGACCUAGAUCUUACUUGACUGUGAGCGACUCAGUGUUAUAUUUAUUUACACAUUUUUAUUUAUUAGUAUGUAACGAGUGAAGAACUAUGACGGCCUUGCAAUGUGAUCUGCAGUGUUAUUUUUCAGUAUCCUGACCCUCGCUAAAGAGAGCAUUAAGGGGAAGAAGAGGAGGAGAAAAAUCCCUUCCAACACCUCUGCCCUCCCUCCAUUUCCCAGUAAAGAAAAGAAAGGAGGAGAGAAAAAGAAAACCAGAGGGAGAGCCAUCCAGGGGGAGACCGUGUGCCCCAGGGGAGGGGAGGAGGAGCCUGAGGUGAGGUCCUGGGAGCCCCCCACCCCAGGACACAGCGGCAGCGGCAGCCAUGGGGAACACCUGCCGAGGGAAGGUCAAGACGAAGGAGUUUGAGGCCGUGUCAGAACCGACCUUCAAAGCGAGAUCUGCCCUGGACGGGGAAUCGCUGGGGGAUGGGGAGGUGUCGCCCGUCAUCCGGUGGGAGCAGCGGCAGCAGGAGCUCAACGAGGAGGUCAUGGAGAAGAUGCGGGACGAGUUCACGCACAGACCUGACAACUUCAUCCUCAACCUCCUCGUCGCCUCCGUGCAGUUCUACGCCAAUUAUGACAAAGAAAAGAUCGAGAUACGGAAAUACAUCCGUGACCGAGAGUUGGCCUUCGACCGCAAGCUGGAGCAGUCGAAGAGGAAGGUGAUAUUCAACGGGGGACACGAGGAGAUCUCCGGCACACACGUCCUCUACCAGCCUAGGGGGGAGCCGUAUAUGGAGAUGCCGACCCCACUGCAGUUUUACAUCGUGCACGACAAUGUGGAUCUCUACCCUGAGUUUGAGUACGAGGAGCUGCAGAAGAGGCACUACGCAGAUCUGGACGGCCCGGGGUACAGGUUCUGCUCCGAGUACUCCAAGAGACACCCAGGUUAUGUGCGUCUGCGGUGCGUGGACAUCAUUCCGGGGGUCACACGCAGCAACACAUACGAGGACAUCUACGGCUUCCUCAGGCCACUGGAUGAGUCUGAGUUCGACCCUAUGGUGGACCCUAGGCCGCUACGACGCUCCUCCCUCACCAACGGCUCGCUCCUUGGACACCCGACACACUACUCCGACUUUGAGGAGAGUGACGAUGAGGAGGCACGCAAGAGAUCCCCAACUCUAAAUGGCCCAAGGAUGGCAAAUGGAGCAAUUCCGAACCUCAAACAACGCCGGUCAAGUGGGCUGUUGCCGAACGGGUAUCCUAACGGCGGACAACUUGGGCAGCUCAUCACGGCCAUGCGAGCGCUGGCGAAGGACAACGAAGGGGGGGAUGAGUUGCCUAACGGGGACGUGGGUGAGGGCGAGAGGCCACGGCGGAGGAGUCUCUCGGAAAGGCGACCGAGUGGACUGUUUCCCCGGGUGGGUCCAGAGAUGAAGCGGCUCAGACUAACCUCGUCGAACGCUGACGCGACAGACUCCAGGGCAAUGGCGGCGCGGAGACUCACGUUAGUAGAGGAGGAGGGGGAGGAGGACGAGGAGGAGGAUAGUGAUGAGGAGGAGAAUAUGGAGGAGGAGAGUAACCCGAGCGGACCAUUUGGCUUGAAUCCCGGUGAGGCCUUAGAGGAGGUGAAGGAGGAGGAGGAGGAGAUGCAGGUGAGCGGAGGAGAGGAGAAGAAGAAGCAACCGGUGAUUCUCCAUGCCCGGCUCAACGAAGGAUGUUUCAUCAACCGCAACAUCAAGAUCAAGGAUGCGCAGGACGCCUAUGGGAUUUCCACCAAGACGGAGCGCAGGACCUAUUUCUCAUCCGAGCGCCACAUGGAGUGCUUCGAGGAGGAGUUUGACGACCUGGUAACGGUGCUGAAUAAGGAACACCUGCAGGAUACCUCUCAGCGGCAAGGGGUGGCCGUGACUGCGAACGAACUGAUGAUUGAGGAGAUUGGUCCCAAGUUCUACGUCGAGUUCAUUCCGACUCUGCUGCUGAAGGAGUGGCCGAACUGCGCCUUUGAGUGGAAGAUGAGGGAGCGGAAAGGCAAACUCGACCCAGUCUCCAAGAUUAUGUACAAGUGGCCCAAGGAUAUCAACAUUCAGGAGGCAGCAGCGACGGGGUGCAACAUCGUACCCAUGGGCCACUACAACCCGAGGGAACCAAACCGGGUCAUGAAGAUCGAGUGGCAGAUACAGUUCGCAAAGGCUGAGCAGAUACUCCUCCGCAGCCUUGGACACACGCAGAUGCGGCUCCUCUUAUGGAUGGAGUACCUGCUGUGGGACCAUCUGGGGGACUUGCCCGGCAUCAAGAACCAACACCUGCGCUACAUACUCUUCUGGAUGUGCGAGAAGAACUUCCGGGACUGGCAGGAGGCGCGUCUGGGCAUCAAGCUGAAGGCCUACCUCAAGACCCUCUACAACAGCCUCGCCUCGGAGUCCCUGCCGCACUACUUCGUCAUGGCGUGUAAUAUGAUGGAGAACAUUCCCGAGAAGUACAUCAGACAGACGCAGGCCACAGUCAAGAAGAUCAAGGAGAAUCUUCCCAUCUACGUCAUGCACACAAUGAAUAGGAUGCGGUUGGCCUCCGACUUCUACCCUCGCCUCAACGUGAAAAAGCUCUUCAAACUGGUCACCAUGGAGAGCUUCGGCGUGGAGAUGCUGAACCCGCAGCUACUAACAUUGACCGGUGGCGAGGACCAAAGUGAGGACGAGGACGCAUUUUACCGCAGUGACUCCGAGGACGAGGAAGGCGACCUGGAGGAGAAGAGGCGGCUCCAUCAGAUGCGUCUGGAGCGAAAGCGGAAAGUAGCGGAGGCAAACAAGAAGAGCGGUAUCAACACCACAAACAACAACAACAACAACAACGACAUGCCACAGCGACCCUCAACCAUACGCCUCGACACCAAGAUCAAGCGCGUGAAGGACCUCAGAGCCGGGCCAGUGCUAAAGCUCUUCGGGCGACACUUCCUGGCCAUGGCACGGGCCUCGAACCGACAGCGAUCGUACCCACAGGCCUAUACGUAUCUACUCCUCGCUCGGAACAUGGCGACGCUGCUUGAUGAGACGGCGAACAGCGACGAGGCGAGGAAGUUACUUAAGCAGGUGGAGGAGUUGAACGAGGCGUCACGUGGAGGGGUGAGGGAUAUGCUGGGGUCAUCCUGGAAGGUUAACGAGCAACAUGAUUUGGUCCCGAACGCCACUCCACCCCGAGGCUCAAACUGGGAGCUCGGUAAGACGGCGCCGCAACCCAAACCAGAACGCGAUUCGAUGUUUGGGGUCAACCAGCGGCAAACGAUCACCUCCCUGCAAGACCUCAGCCCAUACGAGACCAACGCUGCGCUGAAGACACCUCUGACGCAGCAAGACUCGGAUGCGAUCAGUGAGCUGCCCUUAGAGUCCCCUUCCUCACCCCUGUUUGCCUUCCCGUUACCCCGAGCCAAAGUCAACAACCCUGCCCCCCUGCCUGUUGAGCCCCUGUCGGAUCUUGACGAGGCAGCAGCACCCUCAAACACUGACACUGUGGACCAUCAAACACAAAAUAAGGAGAUAAUACCAACACAAAGCAACACAAAUGAGACUCUAUUGCCCAUUAUAAAGGAGGAAUCACCAUCACCCUCACCCAGAAACUCAAAUGGCACUCUGUCACCUGUUCUGGAAGUGCCAACACCGACCUCACCAAGACACUCAAACGUCACCACCACGUCCAGUAUGAAGGAGUUGACGGACAUUUUGCAAGAGAUUGAUGAGGCUGAGUCCAUAGCAUCCGAGCCAGAGGAAGCAUCAAUCUCAGAAACUAACCUUGAGGACCUGGCAUCAACCUCACAACCCAACCCGGAGGAGGCAAAAUCAACCUCACAAACCAACCAAAACAGCACUCGUACACCAACUCUAGAGGAAGCAUCAACGACCCCAAAAUAUCCCUCCCCUGCCACCCCUUCACCCCGAGCAUCCUCCCCUGCCUCCCCCUCACCUCGGCCCUCCUCCCCUGCUUCUCCCAGUACCCCAACGUACACCCCAGUCUCACCGUCCUCUAUCAAUGCCCCUCAAUUCAUCAACUUACGCGAGGAUGACAGCGAUGAAGAUGAUGAAUCCACUGACUUCUAACUGCUAUGGGGGAACCUCCUUGCUGACUUAUUGACUGACUGACUCGCUGGCUGACUGAAAGGCUAAGAUAUGAAUAAACUAAUAUAUAGACUGACAAGUGGGUGGUGUGACAUAUUUAACGACUGGCUAACUGACUGGCUGACAUUUGGGUCCACUAAUAUAGGUAAACGGAUAUAUGGGUAGACUGACUUAACUGACUGGAUAACAUGUAAAUAGGCUAACUGACUGGCUAACAUAAAGGGUGAGCUGACUGACUAACUGGGUAAUAUAUGGAUGGACUGACUGACUGGCAAAUGCAUGAGUAGACUGACUGACUGACUGACUGGGCGGCUAACAUUUGGAAAGACUAACUGAAUAACAUGUAAAUAGGCUAACUUAAUGGGUGAACUGACUGACUAACUGGGUAAUAUAUGGAUGGACUGACUGACUGACUGGCAAACAUAUGAGUAGACUGACUGACUGGCUAACAUCUGGAAAGACUAACUGACUGGAUAAUAUAUUAGACUGGCUAACUGGUUGCCUAAUAUAAACUAAAACUGACUUACUGACUGGUUAACACAUAAAUAGACUGGCGGACUGACUAUAUAUGUGACGAGGGUUGACUGACUCACAACCCAAUUUUGACUGACUGACUUGCAACCCAAUUUUGACUGACAGACUCGCAACCAAUUUUGACAGACUCGCAACCCAAUUUUGACUGACUGACUCGCAACCAAUUUUGACUGACAGACUCGCAACCAAUUUUGACUGACUGACUUGCAACCCAAUUUUGACUGACUGACUCGCAACCAAUUUUGACUGACUGACUUGCAACCCAAUUUUGACUGACAGACUCGCAACCAAUUUUGACUGACUCGCAACCCAAUUUUGACAGACUCGCAACCCAAUUUUGACAGACUCGCAACCCAAUUUUGACUGACUGACUCGCAACCAAUUUUGACUGACUGACUUGCAACCCAAUUUUGACUGACAGACUCGCAACCAAUUUUGACUGACUCGCAACCCAAUUUUAACUGACUGACUCACAACCCAAUUUUAACUGACUGACUCGCAACCCAAUUUUGACAGACUUCUGUGUACCAAAAUCAUCCGUUAAAGCUUCCAAACACUAUCAUAGAUUCCACGUUUGUUGUGUAUUUAAUGCCACUGUAUACAUCUGUACAUACAAAUAUAUAUAACGUAUUUAAUGUAUGUUAAGUGAAAAAUAUAUAAUAAAGUCGUUUUAGUAUCCUGUA